CCCAACAAAAACGACGCCCUGGAGGAGGGCUUGUGCCGUCAUCGAGCGGGACGGGCCUGGGCUGAAGCUGAGGCAUCCGAUUCCAUUCCCGCUGCAACCUGCAAGCUCCGAAACGAGCAGCAAACGAAUGAUGAGGAUGCACAUGGCGCAGUGAUCCUCCCCGAAGCGCCCAGUCCAUCAUCACUGGUGUACUUUCUUUGAAACGUCAUCGGCCGCCCCAGCUGAGCCGCCCACCACACCACAGCCCCGGGUGCUUGUGACAUUGUGCCUGGUGACCGCCAUUACUACCUGGAAGCAGUCUCCCGCUUGCCACUCGCCGUUGAAAAGCAAACGAGCCUCCUGAGUGCCUCUGCUCCUCCGAACUUUCCAACAAGGGUGCCGUGCCCAUUCACUUUCAAGAAUGCGCGAUCCAUUCCCGUUCCCGCCGAUCCCGGCACUGAGCAAGGCUGUCGAGCCGUAUGCCGAGCGGUUCUCGAUGUCGACUCUGCCCUUGCACAUACACGAAGUCAUCGGCGCCGCCCUGUUUUACACCCUGAUCCAGACCGUUGUCUCACCCGUGCUCUCCAACAAGCUGUUUCCUCAGCACUAUCCGCGUCACCACCGCGCUAAGAAAGCCAACUGGGACACCCACGUCGUCUCACUCGUCCAGAGCUUGAUCAUCAAUGGCGUCGCCCUCUGGGUCAUGUUUGCGGACGAGGAGCGCAGCAGCAUGGACCAUGAGCAGCGCAUCUGGGGGUAUACGGGCGGCUGUGGGAUCGUCCAGGCCCUUGCUGCUGGCUACUUCCUCUGGGACGUGGGCAUCACCCUGCUGAAUCUGGAUACCUUUGGGCUGGGCCUGCUUGCGCACGGCGUCGCCGCCCUGAGCGUGUACACCUUGGGCUUCCGUCCCUUUAUCAACUUCUACUCCCCGACCUUCAUCCUUUACGAGCUCUCCACGCCCUUCCUCAACAUCCACUGGUUCUGCGACAAGCUCAACAUGACCGGGUCAAAGCUGCAGCUGUACAACGGCAUCUCGCUGCUCGUGACCUUUUUCCUCUGCCGCCUCGUCUGGGGCACCUGGCAGUCCGCCCUCGUCUACCGCGACAUCUGGCAUGCGGUCGGCCGCGGGCCGUCGGCCGACGCCCUCGCGAAAGCCUUCUCGGACCCGACGGUCACCACCGCCGCCGCCGAUCCGCACACCAACCCCAUGUUCUUCGCCUCCCAGGCCGGCACGGUGCCCGUCUGGAUGGCCGGGGUGUAUCUCCUGGCCAACGUCGUGCUGAACACGCUGAACUGGUACUGGUUCGUCAAGAUGAUCAAGGCGGUCAGGAAGCGCUUCGAGCCGCCCAAGCCUGGGAAGAGGGAGGCGUUGUUGCCUGCCGAGGCUGUGCCGCGGACCAAGGUGUCGGCGGUGGAGGACAAGGACCGGAUGACGGUGCGGCAUCGCCGCGCGCAUUCCAUUGAGGAUGUUGUGCCGGACAGCGAGGAGCUAAGGGAGGGGACUAUUCAAUAAUGGGGAUUAGCUGCCGUUGGGGUGAGAUAUAACGUCAAAGUGUGUUGAGAUGCAGUAGGAUUACUGAUUCCUGCUGCCAGCCAGGUACCUGGCUGAAUACGGUACCGACUAGGGUGGAAUGGGGACCUCAUGGAUGGAUAUCUUACGAUAUAAUGUCGAUUAGCUGACCGCAUGGGACGGGCACGGAUUGAUCAUUCUGCUUGUCCACGGACGUUCUGUUGUCAUGAUUUCACGAGAAGUAUAUGGGACGUGCCAGGGGAGCCAGUCAGGGUUCUAUAGACGGCCAUUACACGAAGCCUCACCACCUCUCUCAACAUGAGUGGUACCUUAUGGGCCGUGUUUUUUGGACAGAGCCUUGAGGUUCUUCCUGUGCACUGGACAUACGUACCAUUCCCGGUCAUCGAAACUAAUUCAACCAUUGCAACU